AAUAAUAAAUAAAUAGAUUGUGUUGUGUAUGAAUAAUUGUUUCAAUUAAUUUUUGUUAAAUUUAUAUUGAUCCAAGAUUUUUAAAUUAUGUAUUUUUAAAUACACGUGAGCAAAUAUAUGCUCAAUAAUUUUAGGAAUAAAAUAAAGUAUUUUAUCAAAAAAGGGGGCCAAAAUGAAAGCAGUGCUAAUAAGUUUUAUAUUUGUUGUGUCUUGUUUAGGUGCAAUUAACAAACAUAAGACAAUACACAACUUAAAUUUAGGAUUAGUACAAGGAUAUACAACAGAUGAUAGGCUGUUACUGUUUUCAACUUUAGAUGGGACUUUGAGCGCCCUUGAACAGGAUACCGGCAAAAUUAGGUGGACUGUUAAAGAAAAGCCUAUCGUCCAAGUGCCUUUAAAUGUAUCGAAUGCCAUUGUUCCUAUAUAUUUGCCAGAUCCCAGGGAUGGAUCUUUGUAUUUAAUAGGGGAUGUUUCAAAACCCCUGAAAAAGCUACCUUUUACUAUACCACAACUGGUAUCUACAUCACCCUGUAGAAGUUCAGAUGGAAUUCUGUAUACAGGAAAGAAAAAAGACUCUUGGUUUAAAUUGGACCCUACAAAUGGUAGAAAGCAGCAAAUUUUGGGAUGGGAUGAUACUCCUACCUGUCCUGUAGACACAGAAAGUUUUAUUUAUAUUGGUAGGACUCAAUAUACAUUAAGAAUGGUGGAUGAAAAAAAACCUGACAAUAAAUGGAAUGUAACUUUUUAUGAUUAUACAGCUAGACAAAUGGCUACAGAAAAGUGCUCUAGCUACCAGGAAUGCAGUGGUAAUUAUGAUAAAAUCCACUUCACAUCGGCCUCUACAGGGCAAAUUAUAACCCUAAAUCAGCACACAGGUGAUUUAAUAUGGGAAACUACCCUCAGUAGUCCCGUAAUAGGGAUUUAUAUUUUAGACAAUGAUGGCCUGCUGAAUCUACCAUUUACAGCUCUAGCGAAUCACACCAUUGAUGAUCUAAAAAAUAAUCUUGUAGAAAAUGGUGGAAUCUUGUUGAACACAAACCGUGUAAGAUUAUUUCCUACUUUGUAUAUUGGUCAGCAUUCACAUGGUUUGUUUGCUAUACCAUCGUUGGUAGACAAAAAUCACGUCUCUGUAAUUGGUACUGAUACUGGUCUACUAUUAUUAGAUGGACCCCACGGACACGAUAAUAAGGCAAACCAUCAGUAUCCCUUACCUGGAUACAACUACUAUCUUCCCAAUGGUGAUUCUGGUGAAGAUAAUCACGUUUUGUUUCAAAGUUGUCCCAAAUUCGGCAACCACAUAAAAAUCUAUAAAGGUCAUUAUAAAUUUCCAACGUACGGCAACCAGCAACUGUUGACGCCGAAUAGAGAUCUGAUAGAUUUUAAGGACGACAACGAUAAAGAUAACUCCAAAAUUGUGUAUCAUAAUUCGGAUGACUACAUAACGAUCGGUGCAGAGAAAGAUGAACGCAAAAGAACUUACACAGAUUGGUAUAAGGACAAUUAUAACGGUGUUAAAUUGUGGAUAAAUCAACAAGAGAAUAAAGGUCUUAAGAUGUCACUCAUAAUCAUGACUGGGUGCGUCAUCGCCAUGUUUUGGUACCUGCAAAUACAGGUACGAGAAUUUCAAAAUCAGUCGAGAAAUAACUCUCAAUCCAGUCAAAGUAAUUUAGGCAAUUUCAUCGGUGUAUCCGCGCUGCCUGAAGAACUACCUGACGGUACCGUAAAAAUUGGGAAAAUAACUUUCCACCCUGAUCAAUUACUUGGAAAAGGAUGCGAAGGGACCUUCGUUUACAGAGGAGAAUUUGACAGUAGGAGAGUAGCUGUCAAACGCCUAUUACCGGAAUGCUUUACGUUUGCUGACAGAGAAGUUACGUUGUUGAGAGAAAGUGACGCUCAUCCGAACGUCAUUCGUUACUACUGCAUGGAACGGUGUCGUAUGUUCUGCUACAUCGCCUUGGAGCUCUGCCAGGCGACACUCAGCGAAUACAUACAUGGUACUUGCGAUUUUUGUCCUAUUGCUCCUUUAGAGAUACUGCGACAAGCCACCGCUGGUUUGAAACACUUGCAUUCUUUAGAUAUCGUUCAUAGAGACAUCAAACCGCAUAACGUGUUAAUAUCAGUACCAGAUAAUAAAGGCGGCGUACGAGUAAUGAUAUCCGACUUUGGUCUAUGUAAAAAAUUGCAAGUAGGUAGAAUGUCUUUCUCGAGAAGAUCCGGCAUCACCGGAACAGACGGCUGGAUAGCUCCCGAAAUGCUCAACAGAGAAAGAACUACUUACGCUGUUGAUUUGUUUUCAUUAGGAUGCCUUUAUUAUUAUGUUCUGUCAAACGGUAAACAUCCGUUUGGUGAUAGUAUUCGAAGACAGGCUAAUAUUUUGGCUGGAAAAUACGAUUUAUCGGAUUUAAAGGGAUCUAACUGGCAGGUUCAGAUUCAAAUUACGCUAAUUACCGCUUUAAUUUCUGCCAAACCGGAAAGGAGACCGUCUUGUCAAGCUGUUUUGGAACAUCCAGUUUUCUGGGAUUACGACACUAUUUUGAUAUUUUUCCAGGAAGUUAGCGAUAGAGUCAAUCAAUCAUCCGACGACGUCGUCGUGCAAAAACUAGAAGAAGAUUGUCGAUACGUAAUAAAACACGAUUGGAGGGCGCAUACAGAUAAAGAAAUCACCCAGGAUUUGAAGAAAUAUCGCAGUUACGAGGGGAACUCGCUUAGAGAUUUGAUACGCGCGUUAAGGAAUAAGAAACAUCACUUUAGGGAGCUGAACGUCGAAUCGCAAAAUCUUCUCGGGUAUAACUCCGAAGAUUUUACAAACUACUGGCUGAGCAGGUUUCCGUUGUUGUUGGCGCACACUUGGUUGAUCAUGCAAGGCGUGGCGGAUGAAGAUAACUUUAAGAAGUUUUAUAACACUCCUUAUCGGUAUUCCCUGCCGGAAUUCAAGGAGCAGAUGUUGGAUUUCGUCUCGAAGAAUCCGAUAGUUUUACCUGAAGGUUAUGAAGAAUGCCGAGAAGGCAAUUCGGAAAAAAAUAGAAGUUACAAUUCUAGCCCAGCUAAGCAAAAAGUAGACAAGAUGUUGCCUAGAUCGGGGGGUUUGUAUAGGAACCAUGACGAUGACGGUGCGAAAAAUCAGCUCACUAACAGAUUUUAUCAGAAAAAGAAGAAAAAUAAGAAACCAGAUGAACCUCUGGUGUGGGCCGUCGGAAAUUCUUAAUUAUUUCUAAGUUUGUUAUGUUACGUUUUUGUUAUCUGUGAUAUUUGCAUUUGUACAAAGUUUAUGUUUUUACCUUUUAAGAUUUUACAAUAUCUAUUAUAGUGACAAUUGUAUAUUUUUACAAAAUUCUUAAUAUAUGGUUCACCAAUGUUUUUCUAA